ACCUGUGGGCUAACAGGUAGAUUCAGGUAGCUUUGUUAACUCUAGAAGUGGGCCAUAGAGGUGCUGCACACCAUGUUUCUGAGCAUUAUAGUGUAGAAAAAGUUAAAUCCUUCAUUGUUAUUAUCUGUAGUCCUCUUCUUUUCCACAUGGAGCAAACACAUUCAGUCACCGCAGAGGAGACAGUAAACACGGUACGCUAACCGACCAAACGAACACACCUGGAUGAAAUUUCUAACAAGCAAAAGUUGGAUACCUUGGAAGUUUAAAUUCUAGUGUGUACAUGUUAGACAAACUAAAAAUAACUUAACUCUAUCUCAUUUAUUGUCUCCUACCUGUAGCCAGGAAGGAUGCCGCUAAAUGCGGGAGACACGGGGUACGGCAGCGUAGCAGGCCCAGGGCUGACGGGCAGUGUGGGGGCCUCAGAGUCAGCCCCGCUGCUGAUCCCGGUGGGGGACGGAGAGCCGAUCCAGCGGUGGGAGCCAAUGUCCAAGGAGGAGCUGGAGGUGGCCGCCGGGGGUCCGGGUUGGAGGAGGGUCCGCUGUUACCUGGUGCUGCUGUUCUGGUUGGCGUGGGUGGCCAUGCUCGCCACCUCCAUCGCCAUCAUAGUGAUGAGUCCUCGGCCGGUGGCUACAGAGCUCAAGUGGUGGCAGAAGUCUCUGUUUUAUCAACUACAACCAGACCUGUUUACGGACAAGAGGAGCGAGGGGUCAGAGGGCAUCAACGGUGAGGAAAUAACCCUGUCUUAAAAUAACCACACAGGGGGUGUUCUGAUUUGGGACAGCAGUCUGAUUCAUGUGGGUACAGGCACAUGGAGGUAUGGAGGGGAAUUAAUUCAAUUUUAUUUGUAUGGCACUUUUUCAGACUGAAAUUAAACAACAAUAAAACCCAACCCUUCCACCCACACACACAGACACACACCCACUCACACUCAUCCACGCAUACAGACCCUUUCCAAAAAAUCAGAAUAUCAUGGAAAAGUUUAUUGAUUCCCAUAAUUCCAUUCAAAAAGUUAAAGUUUCAUCGAUGAUAGAUUCAGGACCCACAAAAAUUAAACAAUUUAAAGUAUUUAUUUGUUUAUUUUUACAUAAUGUGGGGCUUCCUGCUCAUAAAACUCAUUCAGAACAGUAGAAUACUGUGAAGAAAUCCCCAUUUACUUAUAAGUUUUUGCAACAAAAAAAGGAAGAAAUUAGGAUCACAUCAAAUCAAUCAAAAUAUGGUGCUUUCAAAAAUGACAAGCUUCAAUACUUGGUUGGAAAUCCCUUUGCCCUAAUCACUGCCUUGAUGCACUGUGGCAUUGCCUGGGUGUUAUGGAAGCCCAGAUUUUCUUGAUGCUUGCUGUCAGCUCUUUACAGAACAGAAUUUAGUUCAAAGUAAAUAUGAAUUUAUUUUCCAAUGAGAGUAGACACCUCUGGCUCACACUCCUGCAUGGUCGGUGGCGGUAAUCGCUGGCAACCUCUAACCGUUGGUUGCCAUCUGCCGUAAAACAAAAAGUAUUUUGAUUUGGUUCCAAAAUACUCAAGGACUUCCAGGACGCAGGGCCCUCCUGAUUAGGCUUCAAGAUUCCAAGAUUCUGCUCUGGAGAGAAAUGUUCUGGUUCUUUGGUUUUAGUUGCAAAAUGAAAUAGAUUGACACAUUAAAGUUCCUUGAAAUUCGCAGGAACCAUGAGUGGUCCUUUUUUAUUUAUUUGAAAAGUCUGGUUGACAUCCACUUUCUUCCCGUAAAAACCUGAGUAAUCACAUUUGUAUUCGGACUGCAUGGGAACAAUUACUUUGACCACCUUUGAUAACCAAAAUCACAAUCUUUGAUUGUAGUUUCAAUACAUAUCCACUGCCAAAUUUUGCAUACUUGGCGUAGGUUGAACCUCACUUUCGUCAAGCCUCGUAAAUAUUGGAUGUAUCACGACAUCUGUUUGCGGCUCAAGAAAAACACAACUUCAACUGAUUUCAGAUGGGACAGGUAUAUUACGCAGUGGAGCAAAGUUCAAGAAUGGUUAUGAGUAUCUCCUUCGUGCUAAAUGCAUUUAAGGCCGUUUUGAGAGUUUAUGUGUUAACCGUAAACAAACCAAACUAAAUUUUGUGUGGAGAGGAGAGGUUUGAGAGGAUAAAUAUCAGUAAGAAAGGUUAUCAUUUCUUAUGUUUCUCUUUUCAGCUGUAAGUGAGCAGAUUCCCUACCUACAGUCCUUGGGUAUAGGGGCUCUGAUUCUGGAGGGUCUAUUUGAUAAGGGGCCAUCUCAUCCAAACCUCACAGCAUCUGAUGGAAAAGUUGGAACUUUGCCUCAGAUUCAGCGCCUAGUAGCAGAAAGCAACAAGGCAGGUGAGUAGAGUUGUUGUUUGUCCAACUGGUUGCAAAGUUUUACCCCUUUUAAUGACAUUGUUCCUGGUCUUUCAGGUCUUAAAGUGGUGUUAGACUUCUGUAAAGUGGACCACAGUGGAAAUCAAGAUGAAGCAGGAAAUGCUGACAAGCUGUCUAACCUCUCAGCGACCACAGAUGUAAGAAUAUACUGUCCGGCUAUUAAAGUUGUUCACAGUUACCCAGGAUAACUAAAACCUGACCUUUUCUACAGCACGAACUGCGGUUCUGGUUGCAGCAGGGUGUUGCAGGCUUUGCGAUCUGUGACACAGAUGCAGCUUAUUCAGAAAAGGUAAACAAAUACUUUACAGUCUGCAAAUGAGCAGUGUUUCCGUAAACUCAUGAAACGUUUGUUUCAGACCCUGAUGGAGUGGAGAGGAGUCUUCAAAGAAUUCAGCAGUGAGGGGGAGGAACGGUAUCUACACAUGCAGACGUGGAUUUUCUAAUUACCGUGAAAUGAGGCUCUAAGGUUGAUUGAAAGUGCCCGUCUGUGUUUUUAUACAGGAUUGUGGUGGUUAAACAGACCAGUGGCGCUCUGCCCCCUCUGAACAACGCUACAUUGGUGGAUGUGGUCGUGAGGUCAAUUCUGCCUCCUUCAAAUCACCGCCUGUCUGCUCAGGAAGUUGCAGAUGCGAUUGAGAAACACCUGCAAACAAAAGAAGAGGAUAUAUGGCCCAGCUGGACUGUAAGACUUGUGCAUAAAGAAAAAUACAGUAAAAAAUACUGAAUCUACUUUAAGGUUUCAUCCAUGUGCUUUCAUAAUUUCUUUGACUCGUUUUAUUUGGGCUGUAACGUCUGUUUACAGGUUGGAGGUAAUGCGUCUCCUGAUUUGAAGAAAUUACUCCUGGUGCUGAUGAUGACACUGCCUGGAUCUCCUGCUGUACAGUAUGAUGAAGACCUUGACAACAGACAGGUGAGAGUCUGCUUCAGACAUGUGUUAAUACAUUUUAGGUGUUACUGUUACCUUACAAAAGUUUGCCGUUAAACAGAACCUGUCCAUGAAAGUCGGCUCUUCACCUGGAGAGAAUAAUACAUCAGUCAGUCAUACGGUGAGUAUAAGAACAAACUAUGACUAACCCAUUUCUUGUGACUUGUUGUCAUACUUGAGUCUUACAUGUUCCUCUGACAUUUUACUCAGGACAAAGAAAAGGAGAGGCGUUUGGCUGUAGCUCUCUUCACAUCUCUUAGCCACUCCAGAGCCAGAGAAGAAGCUCUUCUGUACGGCAGCUUCACUUUCCUCCCCUUCAAUUCCUCCACCAACGCCUCCUCCUCUGACUACUCUCCUGCUGCUCCUCCGCCUCCACCUGUCCUCGCCUACCUGCGUUCUUGGGGUUGCGUCCACUUCCUCAUCCUGCUCAAUGUGGGGCCUGAGCCUCAUGCCCUGGAGCCCACGUGGGCCCCGAGGCUGCCCAAAGCAGGAGUGUUUAUGACCAGCACAGGAAUGGACCGUUUGGGUACCACAGCUUUGGACUCAGUGACGCUGCGGCCCCAUGAAGCUAUCGUCAUCAAACUGUUCGAGACGGGCAGCUACUCGUAGAGUUUUCCAAGGUCAGCUGUGUGGGAGUUUGUGGAGUUUUUCCUGUUACAGAAAGACAGCUGUCUGAAAGUUCUGUUUGCUCUGAAGGCAUGUGCUCAGCAGUCACUGAAAUAAAUAAAUGGUUCUGUCAAAUGAA